AUGGGCUACUAUGAUAUAGAUGACAUACUAGUGGACUCUACUGAAGUUCCUUGUAAGUUUAACUAUGAGAUUCCGGGGCUAGGGUACUUGGAGAAUAACCCAGGGAAACCGAUACGGAAGAAUACAAAGCUUUCUUUGCCACUGUGGUUGGCGCGGGUGUUGGCCAUUGUAGGUGCGGAUAGCCAGGAACAGGAGGACAUGGACCCUAAUGCAGAGGAAGAGGAUGGCGGUGAUGCCUUCGUAGAGCUGCUUACGCCUGAUAUGUUCUCGAACAAAGUAAUAAAUGCGAUUAAGACAGAUCCCAAGUCGCUGGAUUUACACGCGAUAAACCCUUACUUCUUGGACAUGGCUCUUAAAUGGAUAGCGCUCUAUAGUGACAAAGACCUAGGUGAAAUAGUGUAUGAGCUGCUGCUUGAAAGAGCACAGCAGAUAAACAACUAUGCCAGCAGUGUGUCGAUAGAUACCGAGUACGGGAACAAAUACAGAAGUGCCUUGCUUGAUGCAUUAAGACUUCAGCAGAAUAGUGCAAACGAGGAUAGAUCAGGACCCCUGGCGUCCAUUAACGGUACUUCUUCUUUAACAACUAGAUCUGCCAACAAUUCAGGAAUUGGUUCAUCUGUUGGUACUAGCCAGGCUACUAACUUGGCAGCUUCUACUAGAUUCUUACUCAAACUGGACGAAUUUGAAAGACAACUAUACAAGGACACUCACGAUUCUUACAGAGAUACAAAGAAAUGGGUAUCCAAAUAA